GAAGAAGAAGCAAGGUGGCGCGCGUGCGAGAGAGAGCGAGAGAGCGAGAGGGAGAUGCGAGACGAGAGUCAGCGUGGGAGCAGUCGAGUCCAACCAGCACGAACCUCCCCCCCCUCUGCGCGCGGCCCAGUGUCGUCCUCGUCUCCAGCGGCGUGAAGCAGCAACGCAGCCAGCAUGUCGGUGCUCGCGCUCCAAGAGUACGAGUUCGAGAGGCAGUUCAACGAGGACGAAGCCAUCCGAUGGAUGAAGGACAACUGGAAGAAGUCGUUUCUCUACGCUGCUCUCUACGUCGCCUUCAUCCUCGGGGGGCGUCAUGUCAUGAAGCAGAGGGAGAAGUUUGAGCUAAGGAAGCCGCUGGUGCUGUGGUCGCUCACGCUCGCUCUAUUCAGUAUAUUCGGUGCCAUCCGUACUGGGAGUUUCAUGAUGCACAUCCUGAUGACCAAAGGGCUGAAGCAGUCAGUUUGUGACCAGAGCUUUUACAACGGGCCCAUCAGCAAGUUCUGGGCCUAUGCCUUCGUACUCAGUAAAGCACCAGAACUGGGCGAUACGCUCUUCAUCGUCCUGAGGAAACAGAAGCUCAUCUUCCUCCACUGGUACCACCACAUCACCGUGCUGCUCUACUCCUGGUACUCCUACAAAGACAUGGUGGCCGGCGGCGGGUGGUUCAUGACCAUGAACUACCUGGUCCACUCCGUCAUGUACUCUUACUUCGCCCUGCGGGCGGCCGGCUUCAAGGUGUCUCGCAAGUUCGCCAUGUUCAUCACGCUGACCCAGAUCACCCAGAUGCUGAUGGGCUGCGUGGUCAACUACCUGGUGUACUCGUGGAUGCAGCAGGGCCACGAGUGUCCAUCCCACAUGCAGAACAUUGUGUGGUCCUCCCUCAUGUACCUCAGCUACUUUGUGCUCUUUGUCCAGUUCUUCUUCGAGGCCUACUUUGGAAAGUCCAAAUCGAGGGUCUCAGCCGCCGCCAAGAAGAGCGAGUAGACCAAGAGGGGAGGCCAUGAAGAAAAGCGGAGUUUAGAACGGAGGAGAACCAGUGACUUGAGACAAAAGUGUCAGCGGUGGAGGGUUGUUGGGGAGGGGGGAGGGGUGCUUGAGCGUUACUACUAAUGUGCAGAUCUAAAAUGCCUCGAUGGACGUGGCGUCUCCACUGAGGGACGCCGAGGAAGCAGCAGCAGCAGCAGCGCCGCCAUCAUCGGAGCCAUCUGAAGUUUUAAAUCCUUGUUUUGAGUAUUUUUUUUUUUUAUAACCUGAAAUAUAAUUAAACAAAUGAAAGGCCUCCCAUCUGCCACGAGCUGAUGUUUACUUGUUUUUAAAAUGAAAUAAAUGAAUUGGUACAUAUGAAGAUGGAUGGAGUCAACGUUAACUCGACAGGGCAACGCUGGCGGUUGGCGAGAACGUACGGGGGGCGAGCGGCGCGGUGUCUUCUGUGUCUUACAUUGCAAAAUGCGAUAUCUUCUCAGGUCUUAGGUUAUCUCUUUCUUAACACAAUAUGCAUAUCGAGACAAAGUAGACAUGUUUAACAUCAGCCCCGGUUUAACGGCGAGUGUGACAUGAAGCGGACUGCGCUGACGGCCUCAGAGGAUCGCUCUGCCCCGGGGCAUGAUGGGAAACGGGAUGACGCCACUGCUUCGCCACUUGUCGUGACCGUGCAGAAGUUGCCGACCACACUUGAACAAAACAAAUGUCCCUACCAGUGAAGGAUAAAUGUCUUUUGGACACUGAUGGUUAAAAUGGAGGACAAAAAAAUAUUUGGUUUAGCAAAAGAAAAGAACAAAAACAAACCUGCAAACUGUCAAAUUCUGCUUUAACGACUUAAAAUCUGAUGUAUUCUUAAUGGUGUCUGUCUGUUUUGUGCAUUUGCAGUGUAUCAAUGUCAAAAACAUUUGUUGCUGAAAUAUGUGACGUGCACAAAUGUGUCAUGUGCCUGUGGUGAGUAUUUAAAUUGUUUUAUUUUGAUUGCGUGGAUCUUGGGUCACAGUGAUAACGGGCGGUCAGGUUGUCUGCUGCAGUGAGCUCUCAAAGCAGAUCAAGGAUUCCACUUUCUGGUUCCACCUCGGGACGGAAAGUCUAAUCGAGAUGAUUUAAUCUACCAACUGACUAUUCAACAAUUGCUGCUGGCCUUGCGUUUAAAAGUGUCCACAUUCACUGUACCUGACCUUCCCAUAGAGGUGAAACCGUGCAAUAAAGCUUAAUCAUUGAGAAUAAUA